AUGGUAAAAAAUGCCGAUUAUCAGCUUCGUACAAAUAUUUUGGCUUUACAUAACUUAUAUCCUAGUUGGCCAAACCGCCGAAUUGCUAGUGAAUUGCAAAAUUCUGAAAAUCCUCCAUCAAAACCAAGAUAUUUAAUACUGAAAAUCAUUAAACAAACUAUUGAACGUGGUACAGUAGAAGAUAGACCAAGAUCUGAAUCAAAAUGGAAAUUUUUUCGUCUUAAAAGAUCACAGAAACUUACGGCAACUCAUAAAGCAAAUAGAGUGACAACAUGUCGUAUUUUACCCCAAAAAUAUGGAGUAAAUCGAAAUGCCAAAAGGUUUCAAUGGCGUAAAGUAUUAAAUACAGAUUUCAGUGGUAGUAUACGUUUAAUAAGACCAAAUAAUAAUAGAAAUGAUGGAAUAUGGGCUGCAACUGCUGAUGAAAUUGAUAGUGAUAAUCGUAAUGCAGGUGUACAAAAAUUUUCUGCAGGUGUUAUAUUGUGGGGCGGUAUUAGUGAUGAUGGUUUGUAUCCACGUAAUGCACCAUUUUAUUUCAAUGAGUGGU